AUGCUCAAGGGGAUGGUUGAGACUACUGAAGAAUGGCCACCGAAUGAAGACGAUGAAGACGAAAAUGAAUGCGAAGAGGACAAAAUUCAAACCAGGCCCAUAGCUGUGAAAGAGUUCAUAUUUGCGACAAAACCGGAUUUAUUCGAACACCUGAUAGGGCUCUCAGAUGACCAAAGUGAAAGUGCCGAUGAAGACGCCUCCCUCGUGCCAUUAAUUGAACGACUCCUUGUGCUUUCAUUCCGAGAGGAUUUGGAUGACGACCCAGUUAGUCGUGCAUGGGGAUCAGUGGCGAGGUACCCUAUCGCAGAAUUGUUUUACCCCGAUCUCGAAGCUCAGGCUUCACACGAAGCAAUGUCAAAGGCCUUUGCAGCAAAAAUCAAGUCAUUUAAUGUUCUAACCCCGGAGCUAAAGGCCGACGAAAUGGACGAAGAUCUUAGGAACGAGCAAAGAGCACUUAUCAAUGGCUUGCACAAUUCAACGCCGAUACAAACGAGUUCGGGCCAGGUGCCCCUGUCGUUCUUGGAAGCUCCUUGCUAUGCUGCGGACAACGGUAUUGAAGAUUUAGAGGAGGCAGUCGGUUAUUCCAGGAAGUAUGUUCCAUUCUUCCUAUCUGCGAUUGUGCCCAGUGCGAGCGAGAGUAUUCUAAAUGCCGUUGGGGAAGCACUUGCUGUCGGAUUGAUCGACCUGGCCGACAGCUACGCGAUGGAAUAUCUACUCCCGAACAAGUCGAGAAGAUUGUCCAGCUAG